AUGACAUUCAGCAACCUGAAGCCAGGGGAGUGUUACUUUCUACAGGUUUCUACAAAACUUCGGAAUGGAAGAAUAAGCAGGCCAACUGUAACAUCUGCCAACACAAAGCCUACCCCUCCUGUGCAGGUUACAGUCGAUCAGGUCAGCAGGGAGUCAUCACCUCGGGACACAAUAAGCAAGCCUACUAAAACCUCUGCCCAGACAGAGCCACACCUUGAGAGUUUUUUGGAGGAACUGGGGUUGGAUCACCACUACAAAGAGAAGCUAUCCCUAAGCACACUUCUAAGGAUUGACAAGAAGACCAUUACUGAUGAACCUGCCAAGUCUCUCUUCCUGUGCUCUGAUGGUUUUGUACAGCAGGAAAUGGCCCUCAAAAUGUCCAUGUGUCAGUUUUCCGUGCCUCUGUUGCUUCCCAACUGUGACACAAAGCAGUGCACACUCAUGCUUUGGGCCAUGAGAGACAUUGUUAAAAAGUACAGACCUCAGUCACUUUCAGAGUCCAGGGGAUUUAUUGAAGAGAGAAUUGUUGUCUCUGAACUUCCAAUGAUAUCUUUUGUGAGACUGGGUGAGUGCUCCUUGUCCAAGUCAGAGAUCCUCAAUAAGCUUCUGAGCAAUUCUCAGCAGUACCAUGAGACCUUUGUUCACUCCAACAUGGAGGGUGGUGACAGUCCAAGGAGAAUAUCCAAUGGAUUGGUUGAAAUGACUUGGUACCUCCCUUGUGGGAACAAAAACAUGGAUGUCUUCAGCGAGCCAGUUGCUGUAGCUAACCUUCGUGGGGACAUUGCUUCAUUUGAAACACAAUUUGCUUUCUUGUGUCAGACAUCUGCAGCAGUUUUUGUGUUCUUUGAUGCUUUGGACUCUGAGUGUGAGCUGCUAACCAACCAAAACCACAAGGCCCAGAUCUUCUUGGUGGGUAACCGUCAAAGCAAAGAUUUCAAAUUAGAUGCUGUAAAAAAGGUAUCAACCAAGUUAAGCUUAAAAAAGAGCAACAUCAUUUUGAAAGAAAAGCACAUAAACGAUGCAAAAUUUGUCAAAGAUUUGCGUGAAACAGUCAGCAAUGUAAUUGAAAACACAAAGGUGAAGAUGGGAAUUGAGAAGAUGGCUGACGUUGCCCAUGAACAUGGAAUCUGUGUUGAUGAAGACUCUCCAGAGUGCCAGACUGCCAAGAAAAAUGCAGAUACCAUCACUGCAGAAAUUCAAGACAUUCUUAAAUACAAAGAAGUUCAGCUUCCCUUGCAAGGCCAAAUAUGGAAGGAGCUUACUUGCUUAGAGAAGGAAGAAUUGCGACUUAAGAAUGUUGGGGAGGAGAAGAAGAAGAAGAAGAAGAAGAUAGAGAGGUUAUAUUUCCUGAAAUGGAUGCGAAUGAAACUCGAUAACGUGUCUCGGGAAAAACUCUUUGACCUCAGGGAGCAGUACAAAGAAAAACGCAAAAACCCUGAGAACAAAGAGGAGAUCAAGAAAAUAGACAACAGCUCAUUAGGGACUGAACACUUCUUCCGUGAAAUGGGGCAGAUCUAUGAAGCUUCCCUUUCCCUUCCUGAAACAGACCCAGCACGUCAACAACUACAGCAUCUCCCCAAGCUAUGUGCUGAGUUAAUGCUUGAUGGAUUUCCACUUGAGCUUGUAGAUGGAGAAGCAUCCAACAUACCUCUCAGAUGGGUGACUGACGUUCUCUCUCAGCUCAAUGACUUGGUGUCUCCUAAGAACAAGAUCCUGGUAGUCACAGUUCUUGGAGUUCAGAGCACAGGAAAGUCCACUCUCCUCAACACCAUGUUUGGAGUGCAGUUUGCAGUCAGCAGUGGUCGAUGCACUCGAGGGGCCUUUAUGUUGCUGAUUCAAAUCAAUGAAGAUGUCAGAAAAGACUUCAACUGUGACUUCAUGGUGAUCAUUGAUACUGAGGGCUUAAAGUCACCAGAGCUCGCACAACUGGACAAUAGCCACGAGCAUGACAAUGAGCUUGCAACACUUGUUGUGGGGCUGAGUGAUAUCACCAUCAUCAAUGUUGCAAUGGAGAAUUCAACAGAAAUGAAGGACAUCCUACAGAUAGUUGUACACGCUUUCCUCAGGAUGAAAGAGGAGGGCAAAAAGAAGCCCAAAUGUCAGUUUGUUCACCAGAAUGUGUCCGAUGUUUCAGCCCAUGACAAGAACCUGCGAGACAGGGAACUGCUCCUGCAGCAGUUAAACGAGAUGACCCAGGCAGCAGCCAAAAUGGAAAAGAAAAAGGAGAACCCGAGCUUCACUGAUGUGAUGGAGUACAGUCCAGACACUGGAAACUGGUACAUUCCUGGACUCUGGAAUGGAAACCCACCGAUGGCACCAGUCAAUGCAGGCUACAGCGAGGCUGUCUAUGAGCUCAAGAAGAACAUAAUCACCAUUUUGGGAAGUUGUGGAUCAUCAGCUAAUAAUAUCUUGGAGUUUACAGAGUGGAUGAAGAGCCUGUGGACUGCAGUAAAACAUGAAAACUUCAUCUUCAGUUUCAGAAACAGUCUCGUGGCUGAUGCAUACAUGAGGCUAUGCACAGAAUUCAACAGAUGGGAAUGGGACUUCAAAAAAAAAAUGUUCACAUUGGUUACACAAGCUGAAACAAUAAUCUCCAAUUUUGGUACAGCUGCUGAUAAAUAUAACAAAUCUGACAUGAGAGAACUUGUCGAGCUAUUGAAAAAUGAAUAUUUGACUGAGCUGUCUGAAUGGGAAACAAAGCUUCUGGAAAAUCUGGACCAGUACUUCAAGCAAACAGAGGGUCAUGUCUAUCUUGUUGAAGGAUACAGAGAGGAAUUUAAAAACAGUGCUAAGAGCCUUCGACGAGAAAUGGAAAGCUCUGUGUUUAAUCAACUCACAGCAGCAGCCGCCAUCAGACAGGGGAUGACAGAACUUGAUAAAAUCAAGGAGGACCACACAAAGGACUUAGAGGGCAGAGUUUGUGCAUUGAUUGAAGAAUGUAGGAAGAAAAAAGUCAAGAUGACAGAGAAAGAGCUGAACAAAGAAUUUGACAAGAUGUGGACUGAAACAGUGAAGGAACUAACCUUUAAAGAAAUGAAGGUUGAUGACAUUUUCACCAGUGUGUCUCACCGCCUGAGAACAAAUCUAUCAACCAAGGGAGGUCAUGCAAGUGAUUUGUUAAGUCAAAAAAGCCUGAAAGAAUGUGGACAGGGGCCUUUUAAAUAUAAAGUUGAAGGACUCUUAAAUAAAGGUGUAGACACAUUUAAACAGUGGUUUAACAUGCCAGGUAAUGCAAAGGCUGUACAACAAACAGCUGACAGCAUCAUUACAGUUUGCUCACAGAUGGUGAGUGAAAAAAUGAAAAGAAAGAGUAAUUACCAUGAUACCUACAUCGAUGAGAUUUUAAAAAAGAUUGAUGAGAGGCUGGAAAACAAUCAGGAAUCAGACAUCACUUUUGAAGUCUCUCUGAAACAGCACAUCUGUGGAGACGCAGCCAGAAGGUUUCAGAAAAUGCAUGAAGAUUUCAUCCAAAAGAAGGAUCCCUACAUAUGUCUGAAUGAAAACAAAGGAAAGUUUCUUGCUGAUUUUAAAGAUGUGUUCCAUAAUGUAGACCAGUGCCAGAAGAAGGCAGAAGAAUUCACAAACCGAUGCUUGAAGCCUGCAGUCGAACACUUUGUCAACCGUUCCCUGGGUCCUGAUAUCAUUGGUGAAAUGAGGACAAGUGAGGAGUUCAGCACAAGAAUGUCCUUCCAGUAUUCACUUUUACUGGAACUGCUCUCAGAGGAUGACUUUAAAAAGUACCAGAGCUUUAUUUGUUCCUAUGAGAAAUAUGUAAAGAAAUGGAUACUCAACAAAAUAUUGGAACGCUUCUCAGAUGGGUCUACGAUGUUUGAGGAACAACAUCUCCAGUCAUGUGUCAACAGAAUAAAUAAUGCUAUCCAGAAAGCUAAAACAGAAAAGAGUGGCAACGUAAAGUCAUUUGUUGAAGAUGUCUGUCAGGAACUUGGUAACAAACUGGUCAUUUCCCAGGGUGCUCUUGGGGCAUUCAUGACCCUGAACAAUGCCAACCAGGAACAGUUUGCUCACAGGCUCACUGAGUGUGUGAAGGAGAUGGCACAAACUCUUAGAGAGAAGUUUAAGAAAACAAACAUCCAAACUAAACUACAGAGCCUUCAUGUGAAUCCUCAGAACGAGCUUUUCAACACACUGAUUGGCUGUGGUAAACAGUGUCCGUUCUGCAAAGCGCCCUGUGAGGCAGGAGCAACAGCCCACACUGAGCACUUCACUUCACUUCAUCGACCAGAGGGUCUGGGUCAAUGCAGAUGGAGUAAUACAGAAAAACUUUGCAUUGACAUAUGCUCUUCCCUAGUAAACAGUGACAUUUCUUUUCACUGCAGUGCACACCCUUACAAGCGCUACAAAGAAAUCUAUCCGGACUGGAAAAUCCCACCAGAUGCAAGCCUCCAGGCAUCAGACUACUGGAAAUAUGUACUGGCAAAGUUCAAUGAUCAGUUUGCAGCAGCAUUCAAGGCAAAGCCUGCUGAUAUUCCCUUAGCUUGGAAACUUAUCACACCUGAGCAAGCAGAGGCAAGCCUCAAAGAGUCAUUUCAUAUCUAAUGAGAAACGACAAGCUUUGUGCUCACAGAGGGUCCCGUCCUCCUCAUUACAGUCAUCAUCCUCUCAUGGACAUUUAGAGUACACUUGAUUUUUAUGAAGAAGCACAAAAAGUAACAUGCUGUUUAUGAGAUGGCAAGGUUGAUCAUAUAUUUCAACAACAACUUACAAGGAAUUUGUAAACAUUUCAGUUUGAUUUACAGACUUUAAAUGCUUCUUUUUUUGGUUGUUAUUGUAGUAUCAAUUAAUCAAAUUCGAUUUGAUUGAGUGUUUUUAUUUCCUUAAAGUAACUGAUGCA